UUCUGCAUUUGGAUUUUGCUCUUUCCACUUGAAAUUAUUUCAUCUAGAUUGCAUGGAAAGUUUUCUGAGACUCACUGUCAUGGCUCCUCUUCUUCUGCAAGUACUACUUGUUUGUCUUCCUUGUGCUCUUGCUGGGCAUGAUUACAGUCAAGCUCUGAGUAAAAGCAUUCUCUUCUUUGAAGCCCAAAGAUCAGGGUACCUUCCCAGUAACCAGAGAGUUACUUGGAGGGGUGAUUCUGGUCUGCAUGAUGGGAAGACUAAUGGGGUGGAUCUGGUGGGAGGUUACUAUGAUGCAGGAGACAACGUGAAGUUUGGGCUCCCCAUGGCCUUCACCAUAACAAUGAUGUCCUGGAGCAUAGUUGAAUACAGAAAGCAAAUGGCUGCAAAUGGAGAGCUUGGCCAUGCCAUGGAAGCUGUUAAGUGGGGAACUGACUACCUCAUUAAAGCUCACCCAGAACCCUAUGUCUUGUACGGAGAGGUGGGAGAUGGGAACAGCGACCAUUACUGCUGGCAACGGCCGGAGGAUAUGACGACAGAUCGGCAAGCAUACAAGAUCGACGUGAACAACCCGGGAUCUGACCUCGCCGGAGAAACUGCAGCGGCAAUGGCUGCCGCUUCUCUCGUCUUCCGCCAUUCUGAUCCUUCUUACGCCAACGAGCUACUCACCCAUGCUAAGCAGCUUUUCGAAUUUGCGGAUAAAUACAGGGGCAAAUACGACAGCAGCAUUCUUGUGGCACAGAAAUACUACAGAUCCUACAGUGGCUACGCCGAUGAGCUGCUAUGGUCUGCCGCAUGGUUGUAUCAGGCAACCAACGAGGAGUAUUACCUUGACUACCUGGGACAAAAUGGUGACUCUUUGGGUGGGACCGGUUGGUCUAUGACUGAGUUCGGAUGGGAUGUCAAGUACGCUGGUGCCCAAGUUCUGGUUUCCAAGUUCCUAAUGGAAGGGAAGGGAAAGAAAUACGCGUCGGUGUUCGAGAGAUACCAGCAGAAGGCAGAGUACUUCAUGUGUUCUUGUCUUGGAAAGGGAAGCCGUAAUGUCCAGAGGACACCUGGGGGUCUCCUCUUCCGGCAAAGAUGGAAUAAUUUGCAAUUCGUCACCAGCUCUUCUUUCCUCCUCACCGUCUACUCCGACUACAUCACCUCCGCCCGUAAAACUGUCUCCUGCUCUGCCGGCUCUGCUUCGGCUUCCGAUCUUCUCAACUUCGCCAGGUCUCAGGUGGAUUACAUACUUGGAGACAAUCCAAGAGCCACAAGUUACAUGGUGGGCUACGGAAACAAUUACCCACAACAGGUUCACCACAGGGCAUCUUCCAUUGUCUCCAUUAAGGUCAACCCAACCUUCGUUACCUGCCGUGGAGGCUAUGGCACUUGGUUCAGCCGCAAGGCCAGUGAUCCCAAUCUCUUAACCGGUGCCAUCGUUGGUGGCCCUGAUGCCUAUGACAACUUUGCUGAUCAAAGAGACAAUUACGAGCAGACAGAGCCUGCUACAUACAACAAUGCUCCCCUUUUCGGUGUUUUGGCGAGACUUAGUUCUGCCCAUGGCAACUACAAUCAGCAAUUACCUGAGGCUUCUCCACCAAAGGCUGUUGUUACUAAACCAAAUCCAACUGCUCCAUUAACAAUUGAGCAAAAGGCAACAGCUUCAUGGACCUCAAAGGGAAGAACCUACUACAGAUACUCAACAGUGGUGACCAAUAUGUCAGGGAAGACGGUGAAGGACCUCAAGCUUUCCAUAUCUAAACUUUAUGGUCCUCUUUGGGGCCUUUCAAAGUCCGAGGAUACCUAUGGAUUUCCAUCGUGGCUCAAGUCUUUAGCUGCCGGCAAGAACCUCGAAUUCAUUUACAUCCACUCGGCAUCUCCCGCCGAUGUAUCAGUCUCGGGUUACACAUUGCAGUAGAGAGAGAGAGAGAGAGACAAGGAAAAGAAACUCACAAAAGAGAAGAAAAAAAAAAACAAGAAAAAGGAGUGAUUUGCUUUGGUUUUACAUCUGGUUAUAGACUAAGAAAUUGUGCAGGUACAUUGAGAUAGAGAAGUGGACAGUCCAAAAAGGGUCCUUGUCCUUCUCUCUUCUCUGUUUACAGAUUAUGAAUCCUUCUUUUGUUGUGGGGUUUUUAGUUAUGAGGGUUUUAGCUGAAGCUUAUGUCUUCAAUAAGAAUUGAGGACCAGAGGGGAGAAAGGAGUGAAGAGACAGAAAAAGGAGUGCUCAUCCUCUUUCUCCUCCACCUCAUUAGUCCCAGUGAGAGAGAGAGAGAGACUUUGUUUCUUUGUAUUUAAAACAACUUCACAGGUUUUUGUGUACUGGUUGUAUGCUUUACAACUUUUAUGUUUGUCAUUUCAAAUGAAUAUAGUUUGUGCCAUGAAAGCUUCUU